GCGUGGGCGGUGGCCAAUGGAGAGGGGACCCGGCUUUCCGCGCGCCGUUCGGAGCGGUAACGAGCAGCGGCGACCCGCAGCCAUGGCGGCGGGCGGUGACGGGGCGAGCGGCGGCACCGGGCCCGACUCGCCUCCGCUCUUCAACCCGCGGCAGCGGUCGCAGCACCAACGCCCGGAGAAGGCGGUGAUGCUGGAGAAGGUGCUGGGAAUCACCACCCAGUCCAGCAGCAGCCUGGCCUGCCACCCAGCUGCCGGGCUGCUCGCCUACCCAGCAGGGUGCGUCGUCGUCAUCCUGAAUCCCCGGGAUAACAGGCAGAGACACAUCCUGAACCCCUCCAGGAAAACCCUAAGUGCGUUGGCCUUCUCGCCCGAUGGCAAGCUCCUGGUCACCGGAGAGAACGGACACCGCCCGGCCGUCCGCGUGUGGGACGUGGAGGAACAGGCGCAGGUGUCGGCAUUGCUCGGUCACAAGUGCGGCGUGGCUUGCGUCGCCUUCUCCCCCAGCGGCAAGUACCUGGUGUCGGUGGGCUACAUGCACGACAUGGUGGUCAACGUUUGGGAUUGGAAGAAGGAUUCCCUGGUCGCGUCGAACAAGGUGUCCUGCAAAGUGACGGCUGUGUCCUUCUCCGAGGACAGCUACUUUGUCACCGUGGGGCAACGCCACGUCAAAUUCUGGUUCCUGGACUCGUCGAGGGAUGUGAAGAUCAACGAGACGGUGCCGCUGGUGGGACGCUCGGGGCUGCUGGGUGAGCUUCACGACAACGUCUUCUGUGGCGUGGCCUGUGGCCGAGGGCCGAUGUCCGGCAGCACCUUCUGCGUCUCCUCCUCGGGACUGCUCUGCCAGUUCAACGAGAAGCGGAUGCUGGAAAAAUGGAUGGUUCUGCAGGUACCGCUGGCAAACUGCCUCUGCCUCAGCGAGGAGCUGAUAUUUUGCGGUUGCGCCGACGGCACCGUGAAGAUUUUCCAGGCUCGUGACAUGUGCUACCUGAGCGACCUCCCCAGACCUCACCCCCUGGGCGUGGAUGUCACCCAGGCCCCCCCACCGAGGCGGCCGGACCUGGUAUACCCCGACACCAUCGCCUUGGCCUACGACACCGGCAACCGCUGGCUGUCCUGCGUCUACAAGGACCACAGCAUCUACGUCUGGGACGUCGGGGACCUGCGCAACAUCAGGAAGGUGUGGUCGGACCUUUUCCACAGCUCCUUCGUCUGGAGUGUCGAGGUGUACCCCGAAUUUGAGGAGCAGAGAUCCUGUCUGCCUCCCGGCUCCUUCCUGACGUGCUCCUCGGACAACACCAUCCGCACUUGGACCCUGGAAAAUGGCUCCGCGCGGCCCAUCCAGGGCAGCGCCUACAGCACGACCCUGCUGAACAUCGUCUAUGUGGACAACAACACACAGCACCUCCAGGAUUCCUCCAGCGUGCCUGACCGAAGUGACAACGUGGGUCACCUUGAUGUCAAGUCCGGGGUACGGGUGAUGAAGAUCAGCCCCGACGGGGAGCAUUUGGCAUCAGGGGACAGAGGAGGAACCAUCAGGAUACACGAGCUGCAGUUCAUGCGGGAGGUGGCUAAAGUGGAGGCUCACGAUUCAGAAGUUCUUUGCUUGGAGUAUUCGAAGCCAGAAACCGGAGCAGCGCUGCUGGCUUCGGCGAGCCGGGACAGGCUGAUCCACGUCUUGAACGUAGACAGGAACUACAGGCUGGAGCAAACCCUGGAUGAUCACUGCUCCGCGAUAACGUCGGUGAAGUUUGCUGGCAACGGGGACAUUCAGCUGAUCAGCUGCGGCGCCGAUAAAAGUAUUUAUUUCCGCAACGCUCGAAAGCUCCCAGACAGCUUCAAUUUCGUUAGGACUCAUCAUGUCGCCGAGAAAACCACCUUGUAUGACAUGGACAUUGACAUCACGCAGAAAUACGUGGCUGUCGCCUGCCAGGACAGAAACGUCAGGGUGUACAGCACGGCCAGUGGGAAGCAGAAGUACUGCUAUAAGGGCUCACAAGGAGACGAAGGCUCCUUGCUGAAGGUGCAGCUGGAUCCCUCGGGCACCUUCCUGGCAACGAGCUGCUCCGACAAGAGCAUCGCCCUCAUCAACUUCCACUCUGGGGAGUGCGUGGCGAAAAUGUUCGGCCAUUCAGAAAUAGUCAUGGGGAUGCGGUUCACCUACGACUGCCAGCACCUCAUCACCGUCUCGGGAGACAGCUGCAUCUUUGUUUGGCACCUGGGCCACAAAAUCACCAGCAGCAUGAAGCAGCACUUGCUGGAGCUCGAUUUGCUGCAGCCAAAGUGGGUGAAGGAGCCCGGUCCCCCAGCGCAGCUCAGGCAGGAGACCCAUGUCGUGAUCCCUGGUGGGAUGGCAGCUCCCACUGCCAGCGGAGCCUCCGACGAGGAGCCCGAGGAGGAGCGAGAUGAGGCCUCAACCCCGCAGACCCCCUCCAUGGAGGACUUGGAGCCACCUCCGGCGUCCAUCCUAACCAACGGCAGGAUGCCCAUGUGGGCAAAGAGGCUGCUCGGAGAGGUGGAGGAAGGGGACAGGGUGGCCACCAGACCCCGGAGGAGCUACCGGCCGCAGGGGCGAUGGGCAGAGCACGCCGAGAGGGACCCCUUCAAGACCCUGCUGGAGGCGGAGGCACCCUACUUCACCCCCCUCAAAUCCCACCUCGAGGGCAACGCGGGGUGCGAGCGCGGCAGCCUGGAGCACUUGCUUUCAGAGCUACAGACAUCAGCUCCCCGUCUCUGGCAGGCGGAGAACUCUGCCAGCGACCUCACUGAGGACUUCCAGCUCUCCGAGCCCUUCCCAGAUGAGGAAACCAGCAGAGGACUGGAACUGGUGGAUACAACUGGGACCAGCCUGGAGGAGCUGUGCGUGCUGGAGGCGAGCAGGCAAUGCAUGCUGGAGCUGCCGCUGCACCCCACGUACCCCGGGGAGAUCGGGAUCGGCCGGGAGGAUGCCUCGUCCUGCGUUUCACCCUGUUUGGGAAUGCUGGUGCCUUGCUACCAGCCAGCAGAUGAGGACUCAUCGGGCUCCGCCGGGGACGCAGAGGAGCCGGAGGAGAACCCGCCAUCGAGCAGCUCCCUGCCGCAGACCCCGGAGCAGGAGAAAUACCUCAAGCAGCACUUCGAGACGUUGGCGGACGCCGAUGCGAGAGAGAAAUUUGAUGGCUCCUUAAAGGAUUUGAAACCACCCAAAGCUGAGGAUGAGGAAGAAAACUUGUUCUUGAACCCACGUUUGAGCAUUUCAGCCCGGUUCCUCUUGCGCUGCCAGAAGAACAGCAGGCUGGCGGCCAUCCUGCCCCUGCGGGCACGGCCCCGGCCGCAGAGCCCUACCCGUGCCCAGGAGCCACUUAGGGACGAGCCGAAAACAUCUGAGGAGCUCCAGCAAUCAGAGAAACCGACAGAUGAAAAACCUUGCGAAAUGGGAGAGGAAACAGGCUCCAACACCAGCAAACCCACGGGACCCCACCUCCAGGUCAAGACCUUCACCACGGCCCUGCGGCUGCUGCAGACGCACUUCCAGGAGAUGCUGGGGCUCUACGACCAGGUGACCCUCUGCGCUGAGGCCACCGAGGAGGACCUCUUCCAGGCGAGGAUGGCACUGGGCGGCCUUUUCAGCUGGGUGAAAGUGGAGCUGCGAUCCCGUGGUGUGACCAGUGAUGCUGAACCCCAAAACCCGGCACUGCUCCGUGCCUACUCCAACCCCCUCAUGGAGGAGGUUGGAGGGCAGCAGCCCUGACAUGCAUUAAAUUGAGCUCUUGGAUGGGUCUUUUUCUCCGGUUUCCACGUUGUCCCGCUCGGAGCCCCUCAAACACCCACCAAAUGCCCUGACCGGCACAUCCCCUCACAACCCUGACCCUGUUUCAUGGCACCGGCAGCAGGACAGAAGCCGCCAUCACUGUUGGUUUUCAAGGUUGUUUAAAUAAUAAAAGGCUAUAGAA